CGACGGGGCAACUAGAACAGCCAAAUUCAUAUUGACUUCGAACUCGCAAGAAAUCAGCCGUCGCAACAAUCACCACAUGGAUCGCAAAACCAAUCCGACUCGACAAUUACUCCUACCGACUAAGCUCCCGAUUCGACUUGCUGCGCGCAGCUGACUACGCCCAGGGCGCGCGCCCUUCCCGCUCUCGAGUCCCCUGUCUUCGAACCCUCGAUCCCCUCGAGUCGCCGAACUGGCGCAAAGAGCAAAAAACCGUCAAAAUGGACCAAGCCGACAUUCCAGCCCUCCUCUCGCGCCUCGCGUCUGACGAGGACGGCGCCCGCAAAAUGGCAGUCUUCAAGCUGCAGUCCUCUAUUAACGACCCGGCCUUCGCCGACGUUUUUAUCUCGUCGGGCGGCCUCGUCAUCUUGCGCCGCCUAAUCAUGACUGCCGGGGGCAACACACUCGCCUACUCACUACAAAGCCUCACGCGCCUGCUCGAGGUUGACAUGGGGUGGGACAUCUUUGAGGGACCCUCGGCGGGCGACUUGGUCGAGAGGGUGGUCGAGCUGAUCGUCACGAACCCGCUGGUCAACAUUCUAAGGGGAGCCAUGUCUAUCUUGGUCGCGCUCGUGGGGCGGUCACAGUCUUCUUCCGGGGUCGGUGCCGUAGGCGUGCUUGAGUCGCCGUCCCCAGCGCCGAGUGGGAGCGGGAAUUCCGGCCUUUCGCCCCUCAUUCCGACGGCGCUCCGCGCGCCGCCGGGUACGUUUGGCUUCCGCGCUCUCAAACCCGCCGUGGCAGUGUACCCGCAGUUUUUCGAGCUCGUAAUCCAGCAGCUGCAGAGCGCAGACCAUGCGCUGUGCGCGAAUGCGCUGAUGCUGAUCAACGCGCUGAUCCGGGAUGCGGUUUCGAGCGACGGGAGUUACGCGGGAGCGGCGAGGAGCCCCGGGACGGCCGCCGCGGAGGAGUGGAGCAAGUUUAUCAAGCGCCUGCAGGAUCUAGGCCUGAUCCGGGCCGUGUAUAACCUGCUGCAGAGCUCGGCGCUGCAGGACUUGGCGCAUCCGCUGCUAGAGUUUCAGUCGCUCACCAAGGUGCUGCUGAGGAAGUGGAGGGAGGUCAGGGUGGAUUUGGAGAGGCCCGAGCAUCGGAGAGCGCUUAAGGGGCUGCACCUUGCUAGCGCGCCCGACAGGAAGCAUGCGAAUGGUGUCGCUUGGGUGCUUGCUGGUGCAGAAGAUGGGGAUGGGGCGAAGAAGGGCAGCAGGAGACAUAAUCCGGAAAAGUGGCGGCGGCUGGGCUUUGAGACUGAGUCACCGGCCCUCGAAUUCGAGACGGCAGGGUUCCUCGGCAUGAUGGACCUCACCGACUACGUGAGGAAAAACGAAGAUGGGUUCCAAAAGCUCCUGCUGGAGCAGUCGAGUCGGCCAUUAAACGAGAGGUGUCCCCUGGCCAGGGCGAGUUUGGCUGUCACCAUGAUCCUCUACGAGCACUUCGAGGUGGACAAGUCUGAACCAGAGGACACCCGAGGCCACCUGGCUCUCAACGACCCAAAAACCCACGAUAAGCUGUUUCGCCCCCUCUUGCUGCAGUGGUCUCGGUUACAUACUGCCGGACUCCAAGCCUUCUUCCGCCUGUGGAAGUCCACCGGCGCACAGCGCGACGAUUUCGACAAGGUGGCCGAGUUGGUACGCGUUCUUAUCGAGCAGGUGGUGGGACAGUCGAGCAGGACAAAAGAUGUCCUCGAGGUGGAGGACGAACUGCACGAGUACGAUGCGGCAAGGCUACGGCAGCUGCAAAUGCAGCUUCUCGAAUUAUCCUUUGAGGAUCAAUGGGGCCCACACCUCUCCCAGGUACGCGAGGAGCUCAAGCACGAGGCGCUGCAGUUCGUCAAGGAGCAGCGCAUCCGCUGCUUACUGCAGGGCAGCUGGUUCACCAAGCCGAUGCCGCACGUCCGGCAGGAGAGCUAUACCAAGCGACGGUUGUAUCAGCCUUGGCGGUACGCCAAGCUCUCGCACAACCGGCGCUACCUCCACUACGCCGACUUUCCCGAGAAGCUGCCCUACGAUCCCGGGCUGGAGGCGCUCACAGAGAAAGUCGAUCUUGGAACCAUCAGCUCCGUGGUCUCCAACGUGUCAACCAACCCCGAUGCCGAAGGCAACACCGACCCGGAAGCCGACCACAGCUCCAACUCCAGCACGCCAACCCUCCGCCACAACGGCGCCGCAGUCGCCAGACCCACCACCAAAAUCACCAUCUACUCCUUCUCCGACGACGCCACAACCCCCAGCGGCGCCCCCUGGAUCAACCCCGACACGGCCAUAACAACAACAACAACAACAACAACAUCCGCACCAGGAGGAGGUCCCGGAAACAGCGAAGCGAAGGAACAGCCCGCCCUGACUCUCUACCCGCUCAACCACAGCCUCGCGUCCGAGUGGCUCGACGGCUUGCUCAUGCUGCUGAACCAGGCGCCCAUCACGGCCGAGACGAACAAGCUGGUGACACUGGUCGGCGACUACGGGCUGAAAAUCCGGCUGCUGAAUGUCCGGCUGGAGCACAUGUACGCCGGCCCCGGGGGUGACGGCAGAGAAGGCGGCGGCCGGGGGAGUGGCAUGGGGUGGGUGCCCGGUCGGGAGGGGUUGGAUGAGGAUUACUUUUAUGAGAUAUGAGUCCCUGGGGAGGUUCUGGGUUCGGUCUGCUUUGCAACGGAGGAUGUUUUGGCCUUUUUCGUUUGGACUUUUUGAGCAUUUGGUUGGUUGUUUUUGGCCUAUUUCGUCGUUCUAGCGAGUUCUCUUAGUGUUCAGUUGGCACACGAAAACCCAAUUCCGGUAUGAAGUACAUCUCAGCUAACAUAUACCCCUUUUCCCAUCCCUCAACAAUUGGGUUAUAUCACUUUUCUAGCUUUGAAUGUAAGGAAGAUCUCGAGCUUGUUAAUAUCCGUAAUCUGCGCCUUGAUAAAGAGCUCGAUUUCGGCACUAUAUAUUUUCAAGAAAUUCUUAAAUAGAAGGCUUAGCCUUUUAGCAAGACC